AUAUCUUCUGAAUCAAGUUACAUUAAACCCAUUCCAACUUUUUCGUUUUCGACUUUUAUUUUCUUGAAUACCGACGAGGUUUUUUUUUCUAUCAAGAAAAGGUGAACCCUCAUUUCAAUUUCCCCCUCCCAGCCCUAAUUAGAAUUAAAUCAUUCUGAACACAAAGAAAGAUGGCUGCUAACUGUACACUGUUUGCAGAAAACCAACACUACUGCAAAGUAAUCGCCAUUGUCAAGCAGACGGUAGCUUCUUUUUCCCUGGUUGCCAGCCUCUUCAUAAUAUUUGUCAUAUGGCUUUUCAGAAAGUACAAGUAUUUUGUGCAGAGACUUAUCUUGGCUCUUAGUUUUGCUGCUUGUCUUGACAGUAUAAGCUAUCUACUGACAGGUGUUCCUCCAGAUGACAACAUUUUAUGUGACUUCCAGGCCUGGCUUCUUUCUUUUACAAGUUUCUCUGUUCUUUUGUGGGUUUGCUGCAUCACCUUUAACUUAUACUGGAAUGCCAUAAAAGGAGUCAGAACAGAUAAUUUUGAAAAAUAUUAUCACCUUGUCUCUUGGGGAAUCCCCUUUGUAGUGGCCUGCUUACCUCUGAUCAAUGACCAUUAUGGACCUGCAGGAGCCUGGUGUUGGAUUUCAAAACAGAGUGGCAACAGUGUAGCAUGGAGAUUUGCCACAUAUUACAUUCCUGUGUAUCUCUGUAUCAUUGGGCUUUUUGUUGUUUAUUCUUACAUUUUCAUAACCAUCAGGAGACAGAUAAAACGUUGGGAGGGCACAUACAGUGCUGAAGCUGACAGAAGUAAAGAACUGAUGAAACAGGACAUAAGGCCCUUGAUGUGGUAUCCAGUGGUUUAUCUUUUAACCACAAUAUGUCCUCUCAUAGACAGAAUUCAGAAUGCCGCUAGCCCUGAACCCAGCUUCACACUGCUACUGCUUCAAGUACUGUCUAGUCCCUUAGUUGGAAUGCUAAAUGCAAUUGUCUUUGGUAUGGAUAAGGAAACAGUGAGCAGACUGCACUGGGCCCAAAUGAAGGUUGCCUUGAUGCAACACACAGCAGCUCAUAAGCCUCUUGUUAGGGAGUAUCCUGUUGGACAAACAAGUGAAGUCAGACCCAAUGAUGAUUCAUCCUGGUCCUCGGCUACAUCAACAGAUUCCCCACAUCCUCCCUCUCCCACACCAGUUGCUGCACCACCUCCUCCCUUGGAUGAGUAGGUUGCUACCUAAUAUGAAACAGACUGCUGCCGUGUAAUGUAAUGUUUUUUUCUAACAUGUCCUGCUUUGUCGUAGAAAGUAAUUUCGGAAGUCAAGGUAAAAUCAGUCGUUAAGAUGUCAACAACUUGAUGGUCUUGUCGUCCAAAAGGCUUUUCGUCCAAGGCUUUUCGUCCAAGUCUUUUCGUCCAACUCUUUUCGUCCUAAAGUCUUUUCGUCUAAUUGUUGAGUCGUUUUUCGAAACAAAUAAACACUUUUUAGAGGCUAUUUUGGUUCCGAUAGCUUUAGUCACCAUGCAAUCCUCGUUUACGAAUUCAACGUCGUGAAUUACGAUAAAUACACAGAAGAUGCUUAUUUGGGCUCAUUUCUGGCUUAGUUGGUUAUGUCGGACAUUUAGUGAUGUUAAACUUAGUUGUCUUUUACGCCAAACAGACACUUCACACCAAGCCUAUUAUUGCCAUUUCUUCCGCACGAAAUAAUUAAACGGCAAGUCUUUAUUUUUGUCACUAUUUAAUAAAAUAUAUCGCGUUACAACUUCACUUGACGAAAAUACUUGAUAUUGGACGAAUGGACCUAAGGCUUUAGACGAGAAGACUUAGACGAAAAGACUCUUGGACGAAAAGACCAGAUACCCUUCCAACAAAGCAAGGAAAACUCUAAAUAAUUUUGGGAAACGCAAACAAGCUAAGAAGCCCCCCUGCGAAACUCGAACUGUCACUAGUAAAUCAAAUGUAUACCAAAAAAGAAAAAAAAAAACACUAAAUAAAUGAAUAAAAAAUAACGUGAGCAAGCCGAGGUGUCGGCCAAGAAUGCCUUCCCUCGUGAUAAGCAUCUGUUUUAUAGCACUCCAUUCUACCCAUGCUGCACUUCAACUGCCCCAGUAACCACUGCUCCCAUGCCGCAGAAAUAUUUCAUUUCCGGCUAAUUCGUAUCCACUCAAACGUCGGAAAUUGCAUUUCUCUCGUUUCUGUUGUCCUGGUUGUUCAUUAAGGGAGUACUGUGGUAAACGUUUUAGUGAGAAACCUAUUUGGGUUGUCAGUUCAUAGGCCCCUUGUUAAAUCACUUCACAGUAAACAGCGAGAAAUGUAAAAACAAGCUUUAUUAAGGUUGUAAUAAUUAUAAUAUAUUGCCACUAGCACAACAGAAAUAAAAGGAAAAAAGAAA